CUUUUAUAAAAAGUCCUUGCGCUUUCUUCUCCAUGCCCAAGUCUCUAACCUUUCUCUUGAACUGAUCUUCAUCUAAACAAUUUCCAUUCUUAACUUUCUGCUCAAACUCAUUUGCUCACUCAUUCCAAAAACCUUUUCCCCUGCUUCCCACCUUGCUGCUUUUGCCUUUUUCUAAGCUGGUUUUAGUCCCCUUGUUUUGUUUUUCCCCUUUGUUUUUCUCUGGUUUCCUCAUUCAUAGCUACUGGAUAUGAAGAAGAGUCUGUCCAAGCCAUUUCUUGUCUUCUCUAUACCCAAAGCUUCAACCUUUCUCCUGAACUGAUCUUUCUCUAAAACAAUUUCCUUUCUUAACUUUCUGCUCAAACUCAGUUGCUCAUUCAUUCGAAAAACCCUUUCCCCUACUUCCCACAUUGCUGCUUUUGCCUUUUUCCAACCUAGUUGUAGUCCCCUUGUUCUGUUUUCCUCUUUGUUUAUCUCUGGUUCCCUCAUUCAUAGCUGCUGGAUCGGAAGACGAGUCUGUCCAAACCAUUUCUUGUCUUUACCCAUAACUGAUUACAUAUAUUGCUUGCUGUCAAUUAUCUUUUUUGUCGAUUCCUCUCCUGUUGUCUUUGUUUUGUUCUUUUAUUUGCUUUGCUGGUCUGGUUGACACAAAGAAAAAAACCAAAAAAAUGGAAGCCAUCGCUACUGGAGCUGCAUCCAAUCUUUCUUCGGAUGCUGCGAAAGGCAUCUUCCAAGAAAUCAGACGUCAUAUGAGGUAUGUGAUCAUCUAUAAGAAGAAUGUUGAGAAGUUUGAGGAGAAAAUGAAGAUGCUGUUGGCGAAAAGAGAAAGUGUGCAGAAAGAUAUCGAAGCUGCAGAAAGGAACGCGGAGGAGAUAAAACCAGACGUCGAGCUUUGGUGCAGCAAUGUGGACAAGGUAUUCGAAGACGAGGUGAAAAGUGUGAAGGAUCUUCAAGACAAAGCAAAGAGCAAGUGCUUCAUAGGCUUAUGCCCCAACAUCAAGUCUCGCUACCAAGUUAGCAGGAAAGCUGAAGAAGUUGUCGCGGCUUUUAAUGAACACCUUCAACAAGGUGAAUUCAACAGUGUUUCAUGCCCUGCUCCUCCUCCAGACAUAGUGGAUGCAACUCCUAAAGAUUUUGAGGCCUUUGAAUCAAGAGCGAAGGUAUUUAAAGACAUAAUGGAGGCAUUGAAAGAUGGUACUACCAACUUGAUAGGGGUGUAUGGGAUGGCUGGUGUGGGCAAAACCACGCUAGUCAAAGAAGUUUAUAGACAGGCCAAAGAAGACAAGUUAUUUGAUUCGGUGACUAUGGCAUUUGUGAAUCAGACUUCUGAACUUCAAAAAGUUCAAGAUCAACUUGCAGCUUCUUUGGGUCUAAAAUUAAAAGGAAAGGAUGUGGUGGUUAGAGCAGCCCGAUUACGCGAAAGAUUGAAGAAAGAGAAGAAGGUUCUCGUUAUUUUAGAUGAUAUAUGGAAGAAACUAGAUUUGAAUGAUGUGGGCAUUCCAUUUGGAGAUGAAAAUAAGGGAUGCAACAUAUUGCUCACUUCAAGAGAUCUAAAUGUUCUAAGGAAUGAGAUGGAUGCUCGAAAAAAUUUUGCAAUAUCUGUUUUGGAAGAUAAAGAAGCUUGGGACCUGUUUAAGAAGAUGGCUGGAGACGAUGCUGAAAGUCCUGAGUUGCGAUUGACAGCAAUUGAAGUAGCCAAAAAAUGUGCAGGACUGCCUGUCGCCAUUGCAACAGUUGCAAGGGCUUUAAGAAACAAAGGCUUAUUUGCGUGGAAUGAUGCUUUGAGAAAACUACAAAGGCCUUCCCCAACAAACUUCAAAGGAAUACCAGCACAUGUUUAUUCAGCCAUAGAGUUGAGUUACAACCAUUUGGAAAGAGAAGAACUCAAACAGACAUUCUUGCUUUGCGGGCUGCUAGGUCACAACGCUUUCAUUAGAGACUUGCUGAGAUAUACAAUUGGUUUGGGUUUAUUUCAUGGUGUCAACGGAGUGGAAGAAACAAGAGAUAGAUUGUUGACAGUGGUGAGUGAACUCAAAUCCUCUUGUUUGUUGCGUGAUAGUUACACAAAUGUGCGUGUUGAUAUGCAUGAUCUGAUUUGUGAUGUGGCCUUAGCAAUCGCUUAUAGGGACUACAACGUGUUUGCACUAAAAGACGAAGAUGAUCUGGAAGAUUGGCCUAAUGGAGAGACAAUGGAAAAAUGUACCAUGAUUAGUUUGAGAUAUGCUAAUAUUAGCUAUUUUCCCAAAGAGUUGAAGUGUCCGCAACUUGAUCUUUUUCUUCUGUAUAACGAGGAUCAUUCCGUGGAAUUGCCAAUCAACUUUUUUAAGGAAACACUAAAUCUUAAAGUUUUAGAUUUGACUGAUAUGCAAUUUCAGUCCUUACCUUCCUCAAUUAGUCUCCUAACAAACCUUCGGACUUUGUGCCUAGACCAAUGUAAUUUGGGAGAUAUUGCUGGGGUUGGUGAGCUAAAAAAUUUAGAAAUUCUUAGCCUUUUCGAUUCGGAUAUUGAAAUGCUACCUAAGGAAAUUGGGGAAUUGAUCAAAUUAAGGUUGUUAGAUCUCAGUGAUUGUACCAGACUCAAAAUAAUUCCAGCAGGGGUCAUAUCGAGUUUGUCUAGAUUGGAAGAAUUGUAUAUGGGUAACAGUUUUGUUCAAUGGGAAGUAGAGAGGCAGGCCAACCAACAAAGCAAUGCUAGUCUUGCUGAAUUGAAGCUUUUGUCUCGUCUGACCACUUUAGAUGUUCACAUUCCUGAUGCCAAGAUUAUGCCAGCGGACUUGUUCUGCAAGAAGUUGGAAAGAUACAAGAUUUUCAUAGGAAAAGAAUGGGAUUGGGUUGGUGAGUGUAAACACUCAAGGACAUUGAAACUCAAGUUAAAUACAAGUGUUGAUGAGUUAGAUCAUGGAUUCAAAAUGUUUCUAAAGAAAACUGAAGAUCUAUAUUUAGAUGACAUGAAAGGUGUCAAGAUUGCACUGCAUGAGUUGAUGGAUGAGGAAGGCUUUCAGCGGUUGAAGAAUCUCCAUAUCCAAAAUGGUUCGGAGAUCGAAUAUAUCAUUAGUGAUGAUGGUGCAGCUUAUAAAAAUGAAUUUCUUCAAUUGCGAUCCUUGACACUUCAUGGUCUACCACGGCUCAUUAGCUUUUGCUUUGAAAACGGAAGAGGCUCUAAUUCUUCAUGUCAAAAUCAGUUACCGCUUUUUAGUGAAAAGUUGGCGUUCCCUUGCUUGGAGAGCCUUCGGUUGUCCUCAAUCAAUGUUGAAAGGAUAUGGCACAACCGGUUUUCAAAUGUAUCUGACUAUGGCACUCAAAAUCUAACAAGUUUGACUAUUGAGGGUUGCGACAACUUGAAACAGCUAUUAUCAUCUUCUAUGGCCAGAAGUCUAACGCAUCUUGAAUGCUUUGAGAUAGUUGAAUGCAAAUGCUUAAGACAGGUGAUAUUUGCAGAGGAUAUAGAAGAAGCAGACAAAGCUAAGAUUUCAUUUCCUCAAUUAAACUCUCUAAAGAUAAGCAAGCUUCAACAUCUUAUUGGGUUUUGUUCAGAAAGUUAUAAUAUUGAAUUCCCAUCCUUGAAGCUUCUGGAGAUAGAGCAAUGUCCUCAGUUGCGGGGAUUCAUAUAUAAAUCUACAAUGGAGGAUAACCAGCAUUUCUCUCCACAAGCUCUCUUCGAUGAAAAGGUUGCGUUCCCAAGUUUGAAGCAACUGAUUAUUUCUUGGUUGAGAAAUAUGAAGAUGAUAUGGCACAAUGAACUCUCUGUAAAUUCCUUUUGCAAAUUGGAAAAAAUGGUAGUUGAACACUGUAAUGAGCUCUUUACCAUUUUGCCAUUUGAUUUGUUGACUACAUUUGAACAACUGCAAACUCUACAAGUAUCUAGUUGUGGUUCUAUGGAACAUAUAUUUGAACUCCAAAGGUUGAAUGUGAAUGAAACACAUGUUGUGGCUACUCAACUAAGAAAAUUGCAUGUUCGUAAUCUACCAAAAUUGAAGAAUGUUUGGAACGAGGACCCCCAAGGAAUUUUAACAUUUCAAAAUCUAAAAGAAGUAGUUGUUAGGAACUGUUGGAGUCUGAAGAAUGUGUUUCCAGCCUCAGUUGCCAGAGUUCUUCCACAACUUAAAGAUCUUACAGUAGAUAGAUGUGCAGUAGAGGAGAUUGUUUCAAAAGCGAAAGGAUGGGAAACGAGUGUAACUAAUUUUAAGUUUGAUCAAGUGUCCUCCCUUGUGCUAUGGAACCUGCCAAAACUCAAAUGUUUCUAUCCCGGGAUGCAUACAACGAAGUGGCCAAUGUUAAAAAAGUUGAAAACAUACCACUACAACAAACUGAAGAUACUUGACAUCGGUUGUCUUAAUUUGCCAGAUAUGAGUGAGGACGACCAAUUGGACUCCCCGAUCCAACCACCACUUUUCUUAGUUGAAAAGGUGGUUCCCAAAUUAGAAGAAAUGUCUUUGACCAGUGAUGACAUUGCAAUAAUAUGUGAUAGCAAGGUUCCCGAAGGCCUUUUCCAUGAAAUAAAAGUUCUUUAUUUGCUCUGCUACCAUGAUAUAUCUGCUAUUUUUCCAACUACCUUCCUUGAAAGAUUCAAAAAUUUGGAAAAGCUUGAGAUUUGUUGUUGCAACUUUAAUGAUUUAUUCUCCUACGAAAGAGGUGUUGGCAAGGGGACAAAUGCUCUAACACUUUCGCCAUUUAGAAACUUAAGACUGAGUGGCCUUCAUUAUCUAAAACACAUGUGGAUGCAAGGGUCACGACUUGACUACAUUCUUCCCAAUCUAGAAACACUUGAAGUUUGCUUUUGUGGCAGUAUGAUUAGUUUAGGGCUGUCCUCAACACCUUUUCAAAAUCUCAUGACUUUGGAUGUUUGGGAGUGUGGAGCAAUGAUAAACUUAGUUACAUCCUUAGCAGUCCAAAGUUUGGUCCAACUAAAAAAUUUGAGGAUAAAAAACUGUCUUUCAAUGAAAGAAAUUGUUGGAAAUGAGAGAGAUGAUGAAGCAACCACUGACAUUAUUUUCAAUAGGUUGGAAUGUUUGGAGCUUCGACAUUUACCAAGCCUUAAAAGCUUUUGUUCUGGCGAUCACACAUUUGGAUUCCCAUCUUUGGACCAAGUAAUAAUGAGCCACUGUCCUGAAUUGGAGAUCUUUUGCAAGGGAGAUUUAAAUACACCAAUUUUGCAAAGAAUAAAAGUAAUUAGAGGUGAAGAUGAGCAGGUACUUUGGGAUGGUGACCUUAAUAUUACCGUCCAACAGUUGUACACCAAAAAGGGUGACUAUGAAGGAAUAGAGUUUUUGGUGCUCUCUGACGCUUCUAAGGCAAUAGAGAUAUGGAGGGAUAAUCUUCAAAAAAGUUUAGAUUUCAAAAAUCUUAAAAUUUUGGAAGUUUGUGGAUGUAACAGCUUGAAAUUCAUAUUCACCACUUCCAUGGCUUUGGAUCUUGUGCAAUUGAUGCGGAUGGAAGUAAGAAAUUGUGCGAUGAUGGAGCAAAUUAUCACAAAUGAUGAAGCAGAGGUAGCAACAACAAACACAAUCAUGUUCCCUUCUCUUAGAUCCAUAAUUCUCGAGUCAUGUUCAAACUUAAGAAGUUUUUAUUUGGGGCAUGAUAUAGUGGAAUAUCCAUCUUUGACAGUACUUAUAGUAGAAGAUUGUCCAAAGAUGGUUGCAUUCACAACUUCGUCUCCAAGAGAGCAGAAUAUAAAGACUAUUGGUAUUGCACCAUUUUUCAGUGAUAAGGUGGUAUUCCCUAACUUAAGAGAAUUGGUAAUCAUUGGCAGUGGAUAUUGGACAACGAUAUGGGAUGAUAAACUCACAUUUGGUUCAUUUUGUGAACUAACUUUCCUUAUAGUGAAAAAUUGUGAAAGUCUUCUGAAUAUUAUCCCAUUUCAAAUGAUGAAAAGACUGGACAAACUUGAAUAUCUUGAAAUAGUGAAGUGUGAAUCUUUGGUAGAAGUAAUUGGACUUGAUCAUGGACUCAAUUCCAAUGAAUCAACCACUAUGUUUAUAUUUCCUAAAAUAAGAGACCUGUUACUUCAUUGGCUACCCAAAUUGAAGAAUUUCUACUCUAGGUUGCAUACUACAAGAUGGCCAUCCUUAAAACAAUUGGAGGUGAGAGGAUGCGACAAUGUGGAGAUAUUAGCUAGGCAGCAUCUGAACUUUCCGGAAAUAUUUGCAGAGAGUCAAUUGGAAAUUAUACCUUCUCAACAACGCUUGCUUUGGGUCACUGAGGAUACAUUCCCCAAUGUAAAAAAGUUAGUUUUGGAAGCAAAUACCAAGUUGACACAUCUUUCGGAGGAAGAAUACCAAGUUGGAGAGGUUUUCAGUAACCUGGAAACUCUAGAAGUGUCGAAAUGUGACAAAUUGAAGAAUUUAGUGCCAUCCUCUAUGUACUUUAAAAAUUUGACAAAUCUGCAAGUGUCGAAUUGUCACGGGCUUAAGAAUUUAUUAACACUCUCAACGGCAAAAAGCAUGGUGGUACUCACAGAAAUGAGUAUUACUGAUUGCCAAAUGAUAGAAGAAAUCAUAGCUCGUGGAAGUGAUGAUUUGAUGGAUGGCAUCGUGUUCUCCCAACUGAAGACUUUGGAACUUGGUUGUCUUCCGAGCCUAUCAAGCUUCUGCUCAGGGAAUUAUGCCUUUGGAUUCCCUUCCUUGGAAGAGUUAAUAAUGAGACAGUGUCCAAAGAUGGAAAUUUUCACUACGGGAGGGUUGAGCACACCAAUGCUGCAGGGAAUACAAUCAGCUGAAGGUGAAUAUCUCGGGCAUUGGGAAGGCAACCUCAAUGCCAUUGUUCAACAGUUGUUUACAGAGAAGGUUUUUCCAAGCUUGGAGGAUUUGGAACGGUCCUCAAUCAACAUUCAGAGAAUCCGGCAUAAAAAAUUUCUGGCAACAGCUGCUUCUUGUGCUCAAUAUUUAACAUGCUUGACUAUCGAGGGGUGUCACAAUUUAAACUGUCUAUUUUCGUCCUCAAUGAUGGAAAGUUUUGUGCAACUCAAGAUUCUUAACAUUGAGAAUUGUGAGAAUGUAGAAAAAGUAAUCUUGAUAGAGGAAUUAGCCAAAGAAGAACUGAUGAGCCAAAAGUUGUUCCGUAAACUAGAAUUCCUAUUGCUCAAAUACCUUCCCAAACUGACGAGAUUCUGCCACGGAAGUUACCUUGAAUUCCCCUUGUUGAGAAUUGUUAGGAUAGAGAGUUGUCUUACAUUAGAUACGUUCGUCUCUGAUGCAGAAGGAAACAACUCAGAGAUUGCCUGUCCAACUCUUUUCAAUGAAAAGGUGGCAUUCCCUUGCUUAAAGGAAUUGAGCAUCAUAGGUGCGGGAAACUGGAGAAAGUUAUGGCAUAAUGAGUCAACCAACUCCGUGAGGAUUCAUUUUGCAAAUCACUAAAUCUUCUGUAGGUGUUUGAUUGUAAAAGACUUGAAUACUUUUUUUCAUUUAAAUUUGUGAGACACUUGAGGCUCAAUCAUGUUCCUUCAGUUGAAGUGAGAAAUCAGAUGGUGAGUAAGUCUUUUACUUCCAUAACCUUCAUUUUUUUUUUCACACACACUUCAUUGUUAACCAUUUACCAAAUUUUAUAGGUUCAGAAAUGAAUUUUGAUGCAUACAUAUGUUGGGAUCUACCCUGAAUCACCUGUCAGGAGUUUAAGCCAGUCAAAGAGCGCUUAGCUACCUUGUUUAAAAUAGCGGCUAUGGCAUUCCAGGACAACUUAUAACCAGGGCGAUACCUUGAAUAGCUUUCACCUCCAUUGAAGAGGUGCACCAAAUGAAUUGCUUUGCAGAGUAGAAUAUUGUAAUUAUGCCCUUGGAUUCCAUUCCUUGGAAGAGGUUAUUGAGAGAAACUGUCCAAAAAUGAAAAUUUUCUGCAGAGGAGAGUUACCUGCUCCAAGUUUGCUGAAAGUGCAAUUUGCUGAAGAUAAAGAGUGUUGGGAUGGCAAUCUAAAACACCACCAUGGAACAAAUUUUCAGAGCAAUGGUAUAUGUUUAUUCAGAUACUUUUUUUUUCAAAAUUUAAGAAUUUUUUAUUUUUUUUGCUUCUACACUCUGUUAAAGCUAACAUUCUAAAUACUUGCAAUUUGCUGAAUUAAUUAUGAUUGCUUCUCUAUAUUCUUAGAGGUGAUUGCAGACUAGUUAAAUUUAAUCUUUCUGAGAAGAAUUCAUGGAUUUAGUUGAUGGAUAACUGUUUUUUAGCAGACAACAAAACUACAUAUAUAGGAUGGCGUAGACACACCUGCAUUCUUUACCUGGUAAUAAAGAUUAUUAUUAUUGAAAUGAAGAUUUGAUGCCCAUUCAUA